AUGUUAGAGGCUGUUGACCAAUCUAACUAUGCAUCUGCUGGUCUUCCUCCUCUUACUUUCAUGGGUUCAUCAUUUUUCCCAACAUGUCCAAGCUGUUUACUUCACUUGUCAGAAUGGCAGGAACUACACUUCUGGAAGUCCAUAUCAGCUGAACCUGAACCUGACCUUCAAUUCCAAGCUUCUAAUGCCCCUGUUGAUGACUACUCCACUGCUUCCAUUGGCUCGGGCCAAGAUCAAGUCUACGGUCUCAUACAGUGUACCGGUUAUACUCCCAGGAACGCCUGCCAAGCUUGUGCAACAAACAUGGCCACUCAGAUCACCCAACUGUGCCCUAACCAGAAGCAAGGCUCUAUAUACAAUAAGAAGUGUACAUUGCAGUACUCCGACAGGAGUUUUUUCUCAGAUCUGGAUAGCACCCCACGUUUCAUCAUAUGGAACAAUGUGAAUGCACCCAAUCCUGUUCUUCUCGGGACCAACUUGGAAGCUUUGCUCAAGUCACUGUGA